UAAGUCCCACAUACUUUUUGACGAAAUACCAAAAAAUAUAGCGGCUUGACAAAGGCUUCGUUCGACCACUCAAUUGCACAUUAGGAUGAAGAUAUUGUCGAACGAAUAAAAAGUUAAGUUGGGUGAAAAAACUUUGUUUUCUUCGUCACAAUUGCUUGACUGAAAAAUAGUUUCAUCGAUCGAAUAAAUUUCCUCCUCCAGUUGGAUUAUUCACUCUCGAUGACUAAAAACUCUUCCAACGCAAUUGGAAUAGCAUUACACACGGAAAAAACCCGCUGCAAUUACCAGUCCUGAAAGGCAAUUUUUCACACGACGAUUUCUUGGUACACUUCAAAACUGGAGGCUGAACAAUGAUCGUCAAUUUUUUUGGAGGCAACAAACUUGACCUUCUUUCCCAUAAGAACUAAGCUCAUCGGUAUAUGCACACAGUGAUUUCCAUAGAACGCGUUCAAAGCGGCGAGAGUGGCGGGACAAGGAGUUGGUGAGAGCACGAGACUGAACAGAGAAAAGAUUAUUAGCGCCCGAGCGUGUAAACUCUUGGCUAGAUCUCUGUGCCCAGUUCUCCAUAGAUCGUUCGACGGUGGACAGCAGACAACAACGGUCAUCGCGUACUAAAUUUUAUAAUAAGAAAACGAAGUAUAAGAAAAAUUCGGAAUUCGCGAUGGUGCGUGAAGGCAAGAAGACGAAAAAGGAAAAAAGUGUGAAAAACCAAAAUACAAAAUGCCUUAAUAUACCCACCGGGGAUUUCGUAGCCCCUGACGGGGGGUGGGGGUGGAUGAUCGUGGUGGCAGCCGGAUUUUCUAAUUUCUGCAUUUUACCAAUCGCUCAAUCCUUCGGGCUCCUUUUUCGUGACCGAUUCCAACAACUCGACAUUAAUUCUUCGCAAAUAACUACUAUUAUGAACGUCAACAAUGCCGCUACGGCCUGCAUAGGUUUGACCAACGGUCCACUUUUUCGGAGAUACAGCUACCGUCAAGUGUCUUUCGUAGGUGCACUGGUCAGUGCUGUUUCAAUAUGUGCUCUCUCGUUUGCCACGACUUUUCAGAGUGUGCUUAUUUUCUACUCGAUUUUGUACGGUUGUGGUAUGGGUAUUGCGAUGUCAUCGUGCGCUCUGGCCCUGAAUACUUACUUCAAGAAAAGACGAAGAAUCGCGACUGGAUUCUCGUGGACUUGUACCGGCCUCGGACCAAUAAUAAUGCCGCAGAUCAUUACUUUAUUGAUGCCAAUUUACGGAAUGUCGGGAACUGUUCUGCUCUACGGUGGAUUUGCAUUCAACGCGGUGGCUUGUGCACUUUUGCUGCAACCCGUUGAGCUGCACGUAAAAAAAGGAGAGGCUUGUCAGGCUGCCAAAGUGCCUGAGCAGGAUGAAAAAGUCAAGGAGAAAUUAAUCGAGGCGAAUGGAGUCUUGAAAAUUGACGGAGCCCUGUCGGUCGAGAAUAUUUUACGUCAGCAGGAUAAGCUCGGCAAUUUUGUCGAUAAUCGUUUGAGUCAACGUUUCGGAAGUCAAUAUCUCUACUAUAACGACGACGAGGACGGAGCCGCUGGAAUCGAUGUAUUAGCAUCGGGAACUCCGAUGAUGUCACGUGCCAAUGACGGCUGGUUCUCGAAAAAAAAUGCCUCGAGCGUUUCACUCGCGUCGAGCAGAACGCCGAGGAAGGAUGCUUCGCAAACGACUAGCCGGAGACCUUCGAUCAGUUUGAGCAGAGGAAAUUCCGCGAGAAAUUUAAGCAGUCAAAAUAGUGACGCUGAUUUUUGGAAGAGAAAAAUUUCUACGAACGUUGUUCCACCGUUGAUAAUAGUGAACGAAUCCGAAGAGCAGAAUUCAAAAUCGACGGUCAGUCCUCGGGAGAAAGAGAACGGCGGUGACGAAACGGAGUCUCGUCUUUUGGCAGGACACGAAGUUCCAACGGAAAAGGAGAUCGUGGAGGAUGAAAUCAAUAAAUCGGUGGUCUGGUACAGACGGGCUUUCUACGCUGUUAUCGUGUUUUUCGAUCUCGAUCUUCUACGCGAUCCCAUCUACGUGAACCUCAUGCUCGGCAUAACGUUUGCCAAUUUCGCUGAGCUCAAUUUUGCCCUUUUGACUCCAUUCAUUCUCGGCGAAUAUGGUUUCGCUAAAAUCGAAGUCGCAACUGUUAUGUCCGUUCUCGCUGGAGUCGAUGUUCUCAUGAGAAUCAUCAUUCCCUUUGUCGCCACUCGAAUAGGAUGGCAGAAUCGAACCUUUUUCCUUAUUGGAGUUGGGAGCAUGGCCGCCGGCCGGAUAAUAUUGGCUCACGUGAGAACUUACGGUGUUCUAAUAGCAGUGGCAGUAUUGAUAGGAGCUGGGAAAGCCCUUCGAACAAUUUUCAUGGCGUUGGUGAUACCGACUCACGUGCCAUUGGAGAGAUUGCCGGCAGCGAGUGGUUUGCAUUUACUUAUCAGUGGACUUAUAUACUUGAUACUUGGACCAAUCGUGGGUUGGAUUCGAGACUUGAGCGGCAGCUAUACAGUGACUCUGCACUGCCUAAACCUUCUCACGUACAUGACCAUCAUAUCGUGGACUCUCGAAGUUUGGUACUGCGCCAGGAGGAGUAAGAGACUCGAAAGAAAAAGUGUCGCACCAAUUUGAGAAUAAAGUUCAACUUUUAUCGAAAAUUCUAUGAUAUUUGCGAUAAAAGAAAAAAAAAACAAAAAACAUUCGAUGAACUCGCAAAAAUUUUCAAGAAAACGUGCCUUUUUAUUCUUACCGUCGCUACUAAUAAGAUCAUCGCAUUGGUCUUGGAUCCAGUGAUGAAGACAAAAAAACAUAUCCAGAAAGCAGUAUCGGGAAAUAUCAUCAGUAAAAACAGCGAAAAAACAAAUUUAUCAAAUUACGAUCUUUCUUUGUUUUCGCUACGUCAUUGCGAUGAACCGUGCUCCAAUUUGCAGUCGAUUUGCUGUCGUCAACAUCUGUGUUGAGUCUUUUAUUGCAGACGAAUAAAUGAGGAUGUUUUUUAACACGA